UAUGAGUCAACCACCUCCUUCACUGACUGCCCCUCCUUCAUCCCCCCUGCAGGAGAGGCUCUGGGCCAGCUGACGGAGGAGCGGCGGGGCGGACAGGAGGAUCUGGACGCUGUGGUCGAUUCAGUAAACGCGGCAGGGCUUCAGCAGACGACUCGCUACACGGGAGGCCUGCAGGACUCAGAGGACGGCCGGAGCAAGACGCAAGGAGGUAAUGGAGGCAGCGGAGGGCGACGUCACCACAACAACCACGGAUCUCGCAGACACCACGACUGCAACAACAACGACAUAGCAGAGUGCGUGGAGCUGCUGGAGGUGCUGACGAACAAGGAUCUGGGAUUUGCCGCCACAGUGGAUGAGUUGAACAAGAUGUGCCCGGUGUUGCUGGAGGGUCUUCAGUGCAUCGACAACUACACCCGCCGCUGCUUGACACAGAAGCACCGGGAUUACUUCAACAAACUCUACGCAGGGACCAUUAGGGUGAUUAAAGACCUCUGUAACACCCGCGGACGCUACCAGGAGGAGUACAUCCGCCACGCCCCCUGCAUGCGCCAGGUGAACCCCAAGUACAACGUGUGCUCCGUGCUUUACCACAGAAAGACAGUGGCUCUCAACGACAUGCAGGAUGCCUCCGUCACCCUGUCUGAGGACGAGAAGAACCGCAACGUGAUCAUUCUGUGCUGCUCCUUCCAAGAGUACCUGCAGUGCUCUGAGCGUGUGGUGUUUGAAACGUGUGGAAACGAGACGGCACUCUUCACCAAGGAGUUCCUAGACCGAAUGGCAGGACCGAUUGUACAGGGGAAAUGUUCUUCGAUUGUUAAUAUGUACCUGUGUCCACAAGACCUGUUCCCCCAUCACCCCGAGGGCUCGCCACGUCCUGACUCCACCACCGACCCAAGCUCCUCUCCCGUCCCCCCACCGACCCCCACCACGCGGAUGCCCCAGGACAAGGUAGAGACGGCCGGAGAGGAGACUCAGCCCCCCGCCGCCGCUAGUGCCCCGCCCCCCACCCAUCGCCCGCUCCCAGAAAUAGGGAUGCUCUACACACACGGAACCACCCAGAGGACCCUGACGACCCUGGCCGGUGCUCUGGACAGGUUGGGAGAAGGCGGCGAUGCAGAUGGCGCCAGUCCGUUCCGUGGUCCUGGGGCGGAGGCGGCGGCCGCUGUCGGGAGCCACACCACGGUACGGUCGAAUGUCGCCCUUCACCAGCUCGAGCUUGACCUUGAGCCUGUGUCGCUGCAUGAGCCGGAGUAUGUGGCGGCGGCCGAGGUUCACCAGCCCUUGGAGUCACCACGAGAGCAUGGGCAGCACGACACUCCGGCAGAAUCCACAACGAGUCUCCCACCACCCAGACGUCCUGCAGGUAAGGCGCCCCGCCGGCCUCCUGCAGCGCCUCGCACUGGACUGAACAGGACGAGGAGCCGAGCGGGCAGACGUGGCGGCGCGGUCGGCUCUCUGCGCCAUGUUUCCCUCAGGGACGGCUCACAGAUACUCGGGCUGCGGGAAGCAAACUCUUCAGCUUUUCCUUGGCGCAUCAGACACUCCAGGAAGCACUUCAAGCUGCCGCUGCGGCGCCGAGGAACGUUCCGUCGCAGGAGACCACCCCUGUCCCGAACCGCCUCGCACACCGGGCCAGGACACCACAGGACAACAAAUACUAGUAAGGUGGAAGCCAGACCGAAGUUCCCGAUCAUGAGACGACGGUUUCGAGGAUCUGUGAGGCGCGAGCGGACAACGAGACGCCCUUAUCCUGAUGAGGAACUGGAAACAGACUUGAACACAGACGCAGUAAAUGAUACUCGAAGUGAGGAGAGCAGGACUGGCAGCUCCUCCGGCAGCAACGUGAGUCUGCAGCCAUUACGACCAGUCAAGACGGUUCCUGAGGGCACGAAUGAAGCUGUGCCGCCACCAGCCGUCCCUCGUCCCGCCCCUGGACCAGGCAGUGGCCGCGCCGGAAAUCCCACCGGCCCCGAGGGACACCCACGCAGGAGACAUCGAAAACCCGGAUGGAGACGAAAAUUUUAUCGCGGCAGGAGGCCCCAUGUGCCGGGAAACUGGGACGGCGUCAAACGCAGGCCGGGCUGGAGGCGUAUGAGGCGGCCACUCGGGGCGGCCGGUAGGAGGCUAGUGCCCUCCCACUCGGCGGAAACCACUUCACAGAACGAGAACACUCAGGAAAACAUUGACUUAGAAAAGCAUCCUUUGGAAACCGAGCAGAAAACAGCACAAAAAAAUGUGAUUGUUGACAUUACAACCCGCUCCACGCCCCUGCUCUCCACCACCACGGAGAGCGAGACGCAGUUGGAAUGGCCCGGCGAUGCUCAGCCCGCGUCACUCCCUACACCGACACCUACACCAGGCGAGUCGCUUGAAACAGUGACGGACGCCCCCGCCCCUGUGAGUGAGACGCAGCCACGUGUGGAUCUCAUCUUGCCGGAAGGCCGCACAGGAGACCUUCCUGACGUCGCCACGCGAGAAGAAGGUCGUAGCUCCUUCACUCCCUGGCACGGCGCUCCCGACGACACCAUGGAAUCGACCACCACCACCACCACCAGCGCCACCACCAGCCCCUCCACCAGCCUCUCCACCAGCCUCUCCACCACCACCAGCGCCACUACCAGCCCUUCCACCAGCCUCUCCACCAGCCUCUCCACCACCACCAGCGCCACCACCAGCCCCUCCACCAGUCCCACCACCACCACCAGUGCCAACACCAGCCCCUCCAUCACCACCAGCUCCACCACCAGCUACACCACCAGCGGCAUCAGCACCACUACCGGCACCACCAGCACCAUCAGCUACACCACUGACGCCACCAGCACCACCACCGAAGCCAUCAGCACCACCACUGGCGCCACCAACACCACCACCGAAGCCACCAGCACCACCACCAGCACCACUACUGAAGCCACCAGCACCACCAACGGCGCCACCAGCACCACCACGAGUUCCACCAACACCAGUGCCACCAGCACAACCUAUGAACCGUUGCCUUCUGCGAUCUCUUCCCCGACAAGGGACAAGCCAGCGAGCAGCAGCAACACAGCCCGGGUGGAUCUCGGGGGCGCGGAGGGUGACGCUCAAGACUCCCUCCCAGAAGGCCCCAGCAGUGGGGGGCGGCCCCCGCCUCUUGACGUGGAUGACUUGUGGUUCCAAAAUCUUUUCUUGUCAGAGCUGCGCGAAGCGGUCAUCCCGGCACCCACGCCCGCGCCCUACACUGUCAGACUUUGGCAGGAGCACAAAAGAAAGAUGGGCGGGUUCUCCAGCCGUUUCGUUCCUCUCGCGCUGGACAUCGUGGAGUCAGACUUCGUGCCGCUGACCCACCCCGUCGCCACCGUCACCGAGGAGGAGCCCGCCAGGGACCUGCUUCACCAUGAGCACCAUGAACACUCAGAGGCUGUCCACAUUAAGGAACCCCAUGAGAACUUGCAGGAGGAACCCACCCUGAUAGAGGAACCCACCCUGGUAGAGGAACCCAUCCUGGUAGAAGAACCCACCCUGGUAGAGGAACCCACACUGGUAGAGGAACCCACCCUGGUAGAGGAACCCACCCUAGUAGAACGACCUACGCCGGUAAAGCAACCCACUCUGAUAGAGGAACCUACCCUGGUAGAACAACCCACACUGGUAAAACGACCUACUCUUGUAGAACAACCAACGCUAGUAGAACAACCCACCCUGGUAGAGGAAACCACCGCGGUAGAACAACCCACCGUGGUAGAGAAAACAAUCAUGGUAGAACAACCCACCAUACUUGAGGUAGCCACCUUGGUAAAACAUCCCACCCCGGUAGAGGAAGCGGCAUCAGGCGGCGUCCCUUCUUCCCGCCAGCCGCACUCCAGCACCAAUGCAGCCGCUGAUGCGGAGACUGGUCCCGCACUUGUUACGCGCGGCCCCACACCAGACAGCGGCCCCGGUCCGAGUGGCGGCGGCAUGGAGGCGCAUGAGACGCUUCCGCUAACUAUUUCUGAAGUCGCGCAGUCCCUCGAAGGCAACACAGCAGAAGAGGAAAAGGAGGAGGAGAAAGAAAAGGAAAAGAAGAAGAAAAAGAAGAAAGACAAGAAAAAGGUCAUCGCUGCACACAAUAACCAAACUGGCGGGAAGAAGAAACAGAAUACCGUAAACCCGCAGCUUCUCGUCACUACAAACGACCUCGGCGGCCACGCCGAGAUGCUUCCCGCCGCACCUCAGGAUGCACAAGACAUCUCACCAGGACGAGCCUCUGGCACUCAGCUGACAUCUAAUCCAACUCCGUCCACUCCUGUUUCGCCGCCAGUCUCCGGCGCCGCGAACCCCCAACCACUUGCCUCCACAGCCGCCCACUGACGUCCAGCUCGACGACCACGCCCACUCCCCCACCGACACUCCCUCUCCCACCCAGGCCUCACCGGAUAGUCUUUUAUCUUCAAACGAUACCCGAGGCCAUGGCCAGUCUAGUGAAAGUGAAGGCGGUGCCCCUGACAGACCCGCGGCGGCGGAUAGCACCCGCGACGCUCUGGCUGAGGCGGAACCCCAGGGAGAAAGUGGUGCCGGGACGCCGCUGCUCCACGCUGCUGUGGCGGGGGCGGUGCUGCUCGCCGUGUUGUGAUGGAAACUUUAAUUUUAAUGUGCUGUGUUGGUGCUUUUUGCCGCGUUCUGGUGUUGUGGAGCUGCACUGCUGCCGCGCCCAACACUGCCACGUGAAACGAAUUACGAAACCUCGCAAGACGAACAUUUGAGCCACGAGGCAAAGGCAGCGUGUUGUUAUGGUGCUAUUGCUGUUGUUUUGAUGUUUUCGUUGUCGUUAUUGUCGC